AUGCUCUCCCGCUUGCUGAGGGAGCACCAGGCGAAGCAGGGCGAGAGGAAAGAGCUGCAAGGUGAGCGCGGCCUAGCGCCCCUUCCGAAGCCUCCGGGCUCGCGUAGCAGCUCGGCUGCUUCGGACGCAAAAACCAAAACACCGCGGGGCCCCGGGCGCGCGGGCCUUGCUCCGAGCGUCGCCUUGGCAACCGCCCACCGCCAAUGAAAACGCCCUUGCGGCAGCGGUGGGUUGUCGCUAUUGGUCCAGAGGGCUGUCAUUGGAGAGAAAAGGGGAGGGGAGGAGGAGUGCGUACCUGCCGGCCAUCAGGAGCCAAACGAACGGGAGUUUCCGGCGCCUCUGCUUUACUCUCUUGUGUACGUUUGAGCUCAGCUGUGAAUAGGAAUGUUACGCACUUUAGCUACGGCAUUUCGGGGCCUCCGGGUUCCCAUACCCCCCAACAUUUCUCCGAUGUAAUAGCGACUUUCUAUAUUAUUAUUAUUAUUUACUUUUGAUGCCCCCGCCACUCUGGGCGGCUUCCAACAUAUAUUAAAACAUAAUAAAACAUUAAACUCCCCCUUCAAAUGGCUCAGAGUUCAGAUAACGUCAUACCCUCCAACAUUUAUCCGAUGUAAUAGGGACGUUCAAUGAUGAUGAUUAUUUACUAUUUAUGCCCCACCCAUCUGACUGGGUUGCCCCAGCCAUUCUGGGCAGCUUCCAGCAUAUAUUAAAACCUAAUAAAACAUUAAAAGCUUCCCCUUCAAAUGGCUCAGGGUUCAGAUAACUCCAUACUCUCCCAGCAUUUCCCCGUUGAAAAUAGGAAUGUCCUAAGGGAAAGCAGGACUUUCCGGGAUCAAACCAGAAACAAGGACUGUUGAAAAUAGGGGCACUUGGAGGGUUUUGGGUUCCCACCGUUUACUUGUCGAAAUCGAGGGUUGCAUUGAGCGCAGCAACCAUGAAAGCCAGGAAAUGGGGAGUUGUGGAGCAAGGUUUGGUGGAGAACAUGUGGCUUCCUAGAUGCCGAGGGAAGCGUUUUGGAUUGCCUAGGCCCAAAAAAGUGUUUUUCCACUUGGGCAUCUCUUCGCGUUGGCGCUCUGCCACUUUAUCUGUUGGGUGGCUUGUUGCUGUUGGACCAUAACUUCCAUCACCCACUGGCAGCUUAGCUAAUGCUCGGGGCUGAUGGGCGUUGUAGUCCAACAACAACUGUAGACCAACCCGAGGUUCAAGAGCACUGCCAGACUCAUUUUUUUAAAAGGCUCCUUCUGAUUAUUCUGCCUCAGUGUCCCCCUUCCAGCACACUGUCAAAUUAGUAGGAAGGAUAUGGAUGCACAAAUAUAAGUUCGUGCACACAUUUAAGGCUCAUCCACACUCCUGUGUGUCCUCUGCUUAGAAAGCACAGGCCAGAUCAGUUUGCCGCUUGCCACACUCCUUUCCCAGGGAAAAUCUGCUCUUAAGCUUUAAAUCGGAACAAAUUGUUUGCUCCAAUUGAGUGCUAAAUAGCGAGUUGGGGGGGGGGCACUGUGGAGAUGUUGAAAAGCCCUCAGUGUUUGCUUAGGGGAGUGGAGAUGAAAAUACCAAACUUGGAAGAAAAGGCAGCAGCACAUGCAUGUUUGACGAUCUAGUUCCAGCAUUAUGAGGACAAGUUGCAUGAAGCAAACAAAGCGUUGAUACAUCUUCAAUUUGUGCCCCUCUCGCAAAACGUAUAGACAUUUUGAGAUAACACUAAAGAGGCCUCUGCUUCCCCUCUCUCUAGAACGGCGGAGGCGAGAGGCCAUUGCUGCAGCCACUUGCUUAACCGAAGCCCUGGUUGACCACUUGAACAUUGGGUAAGCGGUACUGAGUAAUGAUGGCUCCUACAAACCUUUGGUUAAUAGUACCACAUACGUGGAUGUUACCCAUUUCGGCGUGUGAGCUGUUUUCCACCUUUAGGCUGCUAAAAUGCUCCCUAACAAGGAAAUGUCAACUGAGAACCUGCAUAGUAGUGGGGGACAGUCAUGACUCGGUAGAAGUUCCAGCUGGUGCAGAAUGCAACAGCUGGACUGCGGACAGCAAUAAAUGGCUCACGGCUCGUGAUACCAUUGCUAAAACAUCUGCACUGGUCAUGUUCAAGGUUCUUGUGUUUAUAUGCAAAGCCCUGAAAAACGUGGGUCCAGGAUACCUUAAGCCCAGCUCAAUCGCAGAUGGUACACUUUCUAUUGAAUUCAUAUCUUUCAAAAAAGAACGACGCAGGCUCCAUUCAUAGGCUAUUAGUUUCCCUUCCAUGUUGAACACCUAACUGGCCUGCCCUAGGAGUUGGGCAUUUCAUGUUGCCAGCCCCAUAUUGUGGAACAAUCCUCCAGCCCAGAUUCUAGCUAGCAUCCUCGCUUUUUUACUUUCAGGCAUCUCUUGAAGACUUUUUAAUGCUGGCAGGCCAUGUCUUGUGGCAGUGAAUUUCAUAGUUUAACUAGAUGUCAUGUGAAGAACUACUCCCUUUGAUCUAUCCUGAAACUCCCCAUCACUCAACUUCAUCAGAUGACUCCUGGUUCUAGUAUUACAAAGCAUGUUGCUCUCCACAACAUGAAUAAUUGCAUAAAACUCUCACAUCCCUCCAUAGUCACCUUUCCCCACUCCUAAAGAGGCCCCAAACAUUUUAUCCUUUCCUUGUAGGGAAGUUGCUGCAGUCCUUGGGUCCCUUUGGCUGCCAUUUUCUGUACUUUUUCAGUUCUAUAAUAUCCUUUUUGAGUACCGCAGCCAGAUCUAUACACAACAUUCCAAGUGUGGUUGCAUCAUAAAAUUGUAUAGCGGCAUUUCGAUCUUGGCAGUUUUAUUUUUCCUUUCAUAAUGAUCAUACAUCACCUUGGUACACUUCUUUAAGUUGCUUAGAGCUGAAUAUUGAAGACCGGACUAGAGAGUUCCUGUGUCUGUUGAAGUAGCUUUCCAGUUCCUUUAAUUUUUGCCUUAGCUGAUACCUCCAUAUUGCUCAGCAAAGCAAUUUGCCUUAGCCUGAGAAAGUUUGAUAUGAUUGGGAGAAUAUUAGCUUUACAAACCUAAGUUUCUAGCCUGCAGAGUUGACUGUAAAGCUUUCGGAAGAGUGACUUAAGAUCCACAAUGCAGAAGGAAUAAUUGCCAGGAAUAAUGGCUGAAAAACACCCUAAGGCAAGAGCUUUUUACGUCAGCAAAGUAUAACAUACUAAUUAGAAGGGCAUUCUUUCUUAAUUUUGGUCAGCUAAGCUCUUUGUGGUCCAUGUUGCGUUUUAAAGUUGUUCUCCCCUAUUAAAUUAAACAAUAUUCAUAAACAGUGGACAGAAGGGCCACUAACCCUAUGCCUUAUCCAAGCUGCAGACCUGCCUCUCACUGCCAUGAAAAGUGGAAGUUGCUGCAUUUCUAUAGCAUGACCUAUUAUCGCCUUGACAAGUGGUGUCCAGUCUCUGCUAUUGGCGCCAUCCAGCUCUGUGGUUAGCUGAUGAGAAGUCUCUGCUGCUUCAUUCUUCUGGCCCACACUUCCCUAGGGGUUUUUGGCAGCAUUGCUAAGUCUGUAUUGAUUGUUUAGAAUGGGAGAGACCACAUGGCUACCCUUGCUUUGCUCUUUCCCAAGGAUAUUGCCACACAGUGUAGAUUGGAGGGGAACACAGAAAAGAAGGUCUAUUAAGAAGUAGUAACGUACGUGUUAAAACAAAUCUGAAGUAAGCUUUCAGGCGUCACUACUUCUGCACAGAAAGCAUGCCUCCUGUUCACCUUCCUGCUUCUUGCCUGCUAUUUUAAAGCAGGGAUUACUUCACUGUUCCCAAACACUUGCUGUAUUUAGCUGCCCUGGGAGAGUUACUUGGAUUCCAGCUGCAUGACUUCCAGGGCUGGUGGGAUAGUGGGGAAACAACAUCUCUGCUUUGACCAGUCAAGCUUUUUGAGUCUGUCACAGUUCAGAUGCUAGAAGGCAAUGUGAGGUUAAAACCCAACGCUGCCAUUUUCAUUGUCACCUUGCAAAAUGUAUGCGGACAAGACCAUUUGUUAUGGUAUCCUGAUCUUUUCCCCCUCACAGAGAACCACCUGUGGUCACUCUAGAGAUGUUGGUGAUGGAAAUACAGAAAUAUUGUAACAUUAAGGAAUCUUAGAAGGAUGUUGGAUAGAAACUAAGUGGUUUCCAGCUGUAAUGCUUUAAGAGAUACGAAAAAAGGUUUACAAAUGGGUAAAAGCUUAAUGGUAAGGAUUUGCUGAACUAACAAACUGAACUGGAAUACAAAAAAGGAAGGUACGAGGAGGUCCGGGGAAAUAAGUGUAAGGAAGAUAUGCUAUGGAAAAUUAACGUGUUUUUAACUGUUUUUAUUUUGUAUGUUUCUCUUUAUUUUUCAUUUUUUUGUUAUAUCUUAAAAACUUUAUUCUUUUUUUCUGUAUUUUGUAUUUUCUUGUAUUUUAUUUUUUGUUUUUGUAUUCUUUGAAACUUUAAUAAAUAUUUAAAAAAAAAGAGAGAGAGAUGUUGGUGAUGGGACAUUUCCCCCCAAGCUUUUGAUGGGCUAAGAUGAUGUUUUUGCAGUUGCCGUACUGCCUCUUCCCUUCUAUUGGCAACCUUUGCUUGAUUUUCAGCUUUGAGGAGUAAUUCCCUUCAUUAUACAGUAAUUUUGAAAGCUUGGCCAUAAUAGGGGCCGCUAUUUGUAUGUGGGCUUGAUAGAAUGCAGAAUUAAAGGCGCCCAGCCUCAUGCGUACAUAACCUGCUGAGCUGUAAUUGCUAGAGUAAUCCUUUCUUCGAAAUUCAAUCUAGGAAAUUUCCAUUGAUAUAAAAAUAUUUUCCAUUACUUUCCAUACUCAACUACAUUGUGUUUAUACAGUAAAUUGUAGUUUGAAGAAAUAUAGUUCUCCAUGGUCCGUGCUUAUUAAAGAUGGAAUGGUGCAUUUCUGUUGUUCUUUUGUCAGUUGCCAUGCUAAAAACAUUCCUCGCUUGGUAGCUUUUUCAAAACAUCUCUUGUUUUAAGGAGGCAAAGGAUUUUUCUGCCCUGUAUAUGUACAUGAAUCCAGCGCUAACUCAGAAAUAGUACCUCGGGUUAAGAACUUUGCUUCAGGAUGAGAACAGAAAUCGUGCUCUGGCAGCAGGAGGCCCCAUUACCUAAAGUGGUGCUUCAGGUUAAGAACAGUUUCAGGUUAAGAACGGACCUCCAGAACGAAUUAAGUACUUAACCUGAGGUACCACUGUACUGGGAUGAAAACAGCAAGCUGCUCCCUCCUCUUGUCAUUUCUAGCUGCUAAAAUACUAAAAUGGUCCUCUUUAAAAACAUCCCACAAUACUAAACCUGUAUCAACUCGUCCUUCAUUUAUAAUACAUUAUAUCCUUAAUUUUUGGUGGGUACAGGGACACGGGUGGCGCUGUGGGUAAAACCUCAGCGCCUAGGAUUUGCCGAUCGCAUGGUCGGCGGUUCGAAUCCCCACGGUGGGGUGAGCUCCCGUCGUUCGGUCUCAGCUCCUGCCCACCUAGCAGUUCGAAAGCACCCUUAAGUGCAAGUAGAUAAAUAGGUACCGCUUUAUAGCGGGAAGGUAAACGGCGUUUCCGUGUGCUGCUCUGGUGCCGGUUAGCCAGAGCAGCUUCGUCACGCUGGCCACGUGACCCGGAAGUGUCUCCGGACAGCGCUGGCCCCCGGCCUCUUAAGUGAGAUGAGUGCACAACCCUAGAGUCUGGCAAGACUGGCCCGUACGGGCAGGGGUACCUUUACCUACCUUUACCUUACAGGUUUCUUAAUUGUCACUCCAGCUUUUCAUGUAAUGACUUUAUUUUCUUCCAUCUAAGAAAAAUUAUAAUUCCCAUCUCUGUGGAAAAUAUUUUUUCAAAGGGAUAUCAGGUGAGAAAAAACUCAUAAUUGAUUAAUGUAUCUGCAUUGGAAAGGAGAGGGGGGGACCUCCAAGCAUCCUAGACUGGCCGCCUUGUGCUGACCUUUGUUGAUCUUCUGUCAGCAUUAGACCAAUAUUCUUGCUGACCUCAUGUCUUCACUUCCUUUCUCCCAUCUUUCUGCCUCCCUCACGAGAGCAGACAUACUUGGAACUCUCUUUUGAGAUGCAAGAACAAGCAUAGCUUAUUGCAUCUCCACAUGUAUUUCCAACAAUAAAUAUUAGCUUGCUUAUUUUCGGAAAGCCAGAGCCUCAGUGUGAUUCUAUCCAGAGUAAAGUGUACUCCUCAAACGGGGAUUCUGUUUCAGCCCACCUUUUGACAGGGUUCAACUCCCGAUGCUAAAAUGCAGCCUGUGGGGUUGGCCACUUCUGCAGCAGCAGGAGCAUCACACAAGUAGAAUUCUGCUCAUAUAAGCUCUAGAUCCAGGCAAAUGUGUCCAACCCUGCUGCCCUAUCCUGGUUGAAGCACGGACACAUACAAGAAUCUAAAUACUCUUUAACUAUCACCUAGCUUUCCUUACUGUGUUUAUUUAGAGCAUUUGUACCCCUCUCUUCAGCCAAAAUGGCUCCAGGAGCAGCUUACAUACAACCAAUUAAAACAAGCCAGCCCCUGCUCACAAGCUUACAAUCUAAUCUUCAAACACUUCCUUCAAUUCCCCCCAAAAGUAUUUAAUAUAAUUAACACACUUUAUUACACGCACAAAAUAUUUCCUCACUAUAGAGCUUAGUAACAAGAUGCAAAUCUUGUUGAAUAACAGGAGACUUUUGUAAACGUGUUUGACCAGGUGAGUUAGACUGUUCGCAUUUGUAAGUUGAAAAUGUGUGCAAUGAAGUGUUUGAUGACAAGCCUCUCACUAGGACAAUACCAACAAACGUUGGUCCCUAUUUUCGACUGAUUCACUACUUGCACAAGAAUCAUUGCUGUCCCAUAUGCCAGAUUUAACCCAGCUCUUCUGCCAAAUAUGUGUGUCAUUGUGACAAUUCAACCAAAUAUAUACAGUUGAGUAAGAAAAGAGAACACAUGAACUUAAUUCAGAAGUCCCCCCCCCAAAAAAUAUAUCCCCUUACAAAAUACAAAAAGAAUUAGCUCACUGAAAGAACAUUUUAAAAUGAUUUAACAAGGACUAUUAAAAGACUUCAUUAAUUGCCUAAGUUCAUUAAAGACAGGAACUUAGUGGAUUACAACAGUUCAUUGAAGGCUAGGGAAGUAUUCUCAAAAGAAUACCUCGGAUUAAGCAGCAGAAUCUCAAAUAAACGCCUAUUUGAUUAAAGAAGGGACUGGAUCAGAACGCAGUAAAUAAUUCAUUAAAAACUACUGAAACUUAAUUAACCCACUUCAUUAGGCAGGAAUAAAUGAGAACAACAUUUCAUGAAGGGAUGUUAAAGACUUACUCAGAGAAUGGCGUAGAUGAAAUUCCUGUCAAACGCUAAAUGCAUUAAUAGGGAUAUAUAUAAUUCAUAUAAGCCAAUUUAGGUGGGUUUUUUCUACUACAUGAACAAAUAGUGCAUCAUUCAGGAACCUGUUCCAUCCAACUAAGGCAGGUGUGGGGGACAUUUUUGGUUCCAUAGGCCAGAUCCUUAUUAGGAUCAGCCUCACGGGUCCAAACUUGACAGUUGGGCGGGGUUGCCCAGCUGUCAGUCACAUGACACUAUUAUUGACAGUCACAUGAUUGACAGCCGGGCUAUCCUGCCCAUCUGUCAAAAUCCCUCGUGUGGGAUUGCCAAGCACCCGACAGCCACUGACCAUAGGGCUGGCAAAGUGCUUCCUUCUCCUCUCCCCUGGAAAAGACAGUAAUAGCCCAGCACCUGGCAUCGCAAACAGCAUACGGGUGGAUGAGUCAAAACCGGCAGCCAAAAGUUUCCGUGAGCGUUUCUCCUAUUCUUUCAAGCUGCCUUCGCCUUUAUAGCAAGUGUUCUUCGCUCUCUUAUGUAGUCAGUUUACUUAUUAAGCUAGUCAGCAUAUAAAACCGUUUCAUCUGCUUCACUUGGAUAUCUCAAGUUACCUCGUUAAAGUUGUCAUAAAACAGUAUGUAACCAGAACAGGCAAACUUGCCCUCCCAGUUUCCGUUCCAAGGGUGAUAUUUAUAUGGCAGAAGAGAGCUCCAACAGCUCUUCCAGCUCCCCAAAGGGGGGCUUACUUGUCUGCCUUUCCACAGUGACAUGGCACUUCACUUUCUUUUAUCUCUUACCAAGCAAGAGACAUUCAUUUUCAAGACAGGUGCUGGCUGGACACAGCGACUUGCAUCUUGCUGGUCCUGUGGAGCAAGGUCCUCCCGUUAACCACAUUGCACCCUGUGUAUGAAUUUUGGAGAACACAAAAUCAAAUUGACAUUGAUAAAACCAAAUAGAGGACUGUACUUGUGACUUAUGACAAACCUAGACAGCAUCUUAAAAAGCAGUGACAUCACCUUGCCAACAAAGGUCCGUACAGUAAAAGCUAUGGUUUUCCCAGUAGUGAUGUAUGGAAGUGAGAGCUGGACCAUAAAGAAGGCUGAUCGCUGAAGAAUUGAUGCUUUUGAAAUAUGGUGCUGGAGGAGACUCUUGAGAGUCCCAUGGACUGCAAGAAGAUCAAACCUCUCCAUUCUUAAGGAAAUCAGCCCUGAGUGCUCUCUGGAAGGACAGAUCGUGAAGCUGAGGCUCCAAUACUUUGGCCACCUCAUGAGAAGAGAAGACUCCCUGGAAAAGACCCUGAUGUUGGAAAAGAUGGAGGGCACAAGGAGAAGGGGAUGGCAGAGGACAAGAUGGUUGGACAGUGUUCUCGAAGCUACCAGCAUGAGUUUGACCAAACUGCGGGAGGCAGUGGAAGACAGGAGUGCCUGGCGUGCUCUGGUCCAUGGGGUCACGAAGAGUCGGACACGACUAAACGACUAAACAACAACUUGUGACUUCCCGAUCCCAUGCCAGUCGCUUAUGGCAAAAACGACUUCUGGUGCUCCAACAGAGGCCUGGGUUUUAUGCCCACUUUUGGCAAGAAAUCAAUUUCUCUUGGCUUGUAACUGAAACGGGGCAGGACGAGGGGUGUUGGCACUCCAGUGUUCUGUUUUUAACUAGAUGUAUUACUCAUCCAUCCAUUUCCCCACCCCACAUAUGGCUAUUAGAGCAUACAAAAUAGUUCAGGUAGCGCCUCAUGAGCCAGUAAUUUUUAAAAAAAGUUUGGAUGUCAAACUUACAAGUUGCAUAGAACCAUUCCUCAGGCUGUAAAAUCUGUAUUGUUUUCUGAAAGUGUUCUGGAAGCAUGGAAGCUUGCCACCCUGAAACGCACGCAAUCGACCCAAUUGAAUCUGAAUUGCUUUAGAUCCCGUUGUCUCUUCCUAUAACAGCAGCACAGCAACAUAUCUUGAAACUACCAUGGCUGCCCGCAGUCUCCCCACUCUGGCCACACCCUUACUGUUUUGUGGGGGUAACUGACCUGCCCUUCCCUGUUACCCACCCUUGUUUGGGCGAUUUGUUCUCCCUUGGUGAGGAAAAUCACGCACAUGCCUUAUCAUUGCCCAGCCCUUCACCUGCCUUUGCCUCGGCCAUGAUAGGUUCCAGAUGUUCCCAGUGCUGCAUAAUGAUUGCCAGAUGUUGCUGAGCCGUUAAAUCCUCUACAGCUUGGGAACUUACCCAGCUGCAGACUCCCAGCGCCUGCCUCGGCCCCUGGGGUUAGCUCGCUCCGAGCUGGGAAGCCACUUGGAAUGGCGGAGAGCCGAGCAGAAAACGCAGCGAUGGAGGGAUUGGCAAAAAGAAAUAUCCUCUGUUUCCCUCCCCUACUUGUCUUAAUUAAUCGCCGAGCCUCUCUCUCUCUCCCUCUCCCACUCUAGGGUGGCGCAGGCCUAUGUGAACCAAAGGAAGCUCGACCACGAAGUGAAGACAUUGCAGAUCCAGGCUGCCCAGUUUGCCAAACAGACCGGCCAGUGGAUCAGCAUGGUGGAAAACUUCAAUCAGGCUCUGAAGGUCGGUGGGAUAGCUGCUCCUACGGGGGAGGCACAUAUCUUGCACAGUAACCUCAAGAUUAGCCUAAAAGUUACAACAGGACUCGAUGGGUGAUGGGAGGUGAGGUUUGGGGAUGGGGAAGCAUGGCUGGGUUUGCGCAGAGAACAAGGGAGAGAAAGGGGCUCGUGGGCAAUAAAGGAGAAUGGAUUGGGGCAGGCUUUGGUGUGUGCCAGAACAAUUGAAGUAAUAACAAAUUAGCCCUUGAGUAUUGCGGCUUGCUGAGUAGUCGCAGUUUGUCCCUGACAUCUGAGGCAGUAGGUGAUCAUAGAAUCAGAGUUGGAAGGGACCCUGAAGGUCAUGUGGUCCAAUCCCCUGCGAUGCAGGAAUAUCAAAUAAAUGGCUCAGUUGGUUAGAGUGUGGUGCUGAUAAUUGCCAAGGCUGCAGGUUCGAUCCCCAUAUAGGACAACUGCGCAUUCCUGCAUUUCAGGUGCUUUGACUAGAUGAUUCUUGGGGUCCCUUCCAACUCGACAAUGCCAUGUUUCUGAAGCCUCCAUGACAGGUGACUAUCCAGCCUCUGCUUAAAAACCUCCAAGGAAGGAGAGUCCACCACUUUCCAAGGGAGUCCAUUCCUCUUGCUGUCAGAAAGUUAUUCCUGAUUGUCUGAGAGGGAUGCCACAGUGUAUUAAGCCUUUACCUGCAAGGGAGAACAUGAAAGUAUGCAUGGGGAAGCAGAGAAUGAGAAAACACCUGGUUGGAAUUAAGGAGGGUGAGACACGUUGGGGAAACCCAAGAGCCUGCAUAUUCCAAUUCACAGCUUUUGUGCCGAAACAGUAUAGACUCCGUGAUUAUAGGAUUCUAGUCAUGGAGCACACUUUGUGCUGCUUCCAGUUAUAGGUGCUCCUGACAAUAAUCAGUUGGAGAGCUCCACCUGCUGGGCAUGGGGCUGCCCAUGUUAUCAACUCGGCAAGAGAGACAAAAUAAUCAGAAUAUGUUAUCCCCACAGAAUUGUAUAUAUGUGUGGAAUUUGUAUCUGGUACAGUUUUCCACCCUAAAUGUUGCAUGGAGAAAUUUAUUUAAAGCUGCCAUAUAGAGCUGUUUAAAAACCCACAAUAUAUAGCUGUAGUGUCUUGUGGAAUUGUUCUCAAAGAUAAUAGUAUAACGUUCUGGGACAUUAAUUGGAAGUGUUAGCAUGUCUGGUCAUGCCUGAUCCUGGCAGAGACUGCUAGUAUAUUUAGUUCUUCUCCUGUACCUUAGUUAGCCAUUUCAUCUAUUGAAAUAAAGUCUCAAGCAAUUGAAAUUAUUGAAAGUUGCUUGUUAACGGUAAUUCUUAAUACAGUGCUGUCAAUUUACAUGGCAUUUUGCAAAGUAGUAUAAGCAAGAGAGAUGAGUCUCUGUCCCAGUGAGACCACAGUCUUUUUGUCUGUAGUGUAGGAGACAACAAGGAUAAACUUGGGCAAAUGCAUUAAGCUUGAUGGAAAAAGUGAGGGCUUCAAGGAGGAAUUUGGAGAAAGAAAAAGGCUGCAUAAAGAGGAAGGAACCAAAGGAGGAUCGCAGAGAAGUUAGGCCAAAUCAGAGAACUCAAACUGUACACAGUGUGCUUUGAACUCACCCGAAAUCUUCCUGCCCUAACUGGGUGUCUGGGAGUAAGAUUGAGGGCAGGUGGAGAAACAGGGUGCAUGCCGUUUGAUACGCAAAGAGAUGAGUGUUUUGACUGUGACUUCUUCUUUCCGGCAGGAGAUUGGCGACGUGGAAAACUGGGCACGUAGCAUUGAAAUGGACAUGCGGACCAUUGCCACGGCCCUAGAGUACGUUUACAAAGGGCAGCUGCAGCCAUCCACCUCCUGA